AUGGUUUUUGCUGCUGUGUUUUCGUUCCUUUUUGUGGGCUUUUUGGGCGUGAAUUCAGCAGACUACCCACCGGCUGCCUGGGAAGGGUCUGUGACAGCAAGCAGCACGCCCAGUGUCGAGCAGGUUACGGCCGGCAGCAAGGGCCACUUCGAGAUCGAGACACUGUACGACCAUUUCCAAGUCAUGCAAGCAGUAGCAGAAAGGCCUUCCUUCGGCUCCCUGCUUCCGUUGCUACUUACGGCUACAGGUGCCUUCCUCAUCAUCAAUGGUUGUUGGCAACACAAUCGCAAUGUUGAUGACUUGGACACCGGGCCCUUCGCUGUUUGCAAAUCGGUCUUUGAAGUGAAGAACAUCUUGCAAGUGAGCAACAGCGUCCUUCGCACCAGGGCAUGGUAUCUUGGUGACUACAACAGCGCACGUUUCUUGGGGAAGGACCAGCGGAACCUGUCCCCUCAGCAUGCGAUGAAGCACGGUAGAGGCUCCGCUUCUUACACAUUGCUUACAGUUGGUCUCUUGGCCGGCUUGCGGCUGACAACCCCCGCAACUGUCCUUCAGCAAACCGAUAAUAUGCACUUGCAAGCUGCUGCAGUAUUGCAACAUUAG